ACACCAUAAAAUUUUCUAAACGUGUACUUCGUUCUCUCUGCCACCCAUCAAUUUAUAACAUCACUGCCUCCGUCGUUCUCUUCUCUCGCGUUAACCCCCCUCUCUUUAAAGGGAGUGUCUCACGCGCAAUCCUCCAUCUCCCACUCCACCAACCACCCAAUGGCCUCCCGACCGACGCUCCCUAUGUCGAACCCCUCACAAUCAUCCCCGUCCCCGAUUGCCACACCCGCCUUUCGCACCUUCCUCUCACGGGUCUCGUCCUCCAUCCGCCACGGGUUAUCCCACCGCCGCCCGUGGUCCGAGCUUGUCGACCGGAGCUCCAUGGCCCGACCCGAUUCACUCACCGAGGCAUACACUCGGAUCCGCAAGAACCUUUCGUACUUUCGCGUCAACUAUUUAACCCUUCUCGCCCUCGUUCUCGCCCUUUCCCUGCUUUCCCACCCCUUCUCCCUCGUCGUUCUCCUCUCGCUCUUCGCGGCCUGGGCUUUCCUCUACGCCUUCCGGCAAUCCGAUCAGCCUCUGAUCGUUUUCGGCCGGACCUUCUCCGACCGGGAAACCCUUCUCGGGCUGUCCCUUUUGACAGUCAUCGUGGUCUUCCUCACCAGCGUCGGAUCCCUUCUCAUCUCGGCUCUGAUGAUCGGCUUCGCCAUCGUUUGCGCACACGGUGCGUUUAGGGUUCCCGAUGAUCUCUUUCUCGAUGACCAGGAGCCUGCCAAUUCCGGAUUCCUCUCCUUCCUCGGCGGCGCCGCUGCGUCCGCUCCCGCAGUUGCCUCCCGCGUAUGAACCAGAUCUUGACCUCGCUAGCCACGUGUAAGUUUGGUAGCUGCGAAAUUAACCUUCUUGUGUUUGUAGUUGUAGUGAGGAGCUCAAAAGAUUCAUUUGCUUAGGAAAUCCUAGGCAAAUGUUAGGGUUUUUUAUGUUUCUUUUUCUUGGGACCGAUCUUUUAUACAGAUUGGAAUUGAAUCGAACUAUUUGAGAUCUCAUUUUUCUAGACUUGGAUGGGGGAAGAAACAUUAUUAUGGCCUCAACUUUUCAUAGUAGUUCUAGUACUUUUGGUUUUUAAAUGAAUGCAGUUUUAUCAGUUGUACAA